AUGAAGACUUCGCUUGCCCGUCUCUCUCGAGCGACCUCUGUGGGAUGGAUUGGUCUCGGUGCUAUGGGCCAUCCCAUGGCUAUGAACCUCUUCAAGAAGACGCACAUGGCGGAGCAGGGACAGACGGAGCAGCCCGACUUCUACUUCUGUGAACAGAGCGAGAAGAAUGCUGAGGCGUUCCUGGCGGAUAUCAGGAAGACGGGAGGGGAGGAGCUGGCGAGAAGGGUCAGAAGGGUCGGGUCAGGCAAGGAGAUGGCUCAAGCAGCUUCCCGGAUAGUGACGAUGCUUCCCUCGACGCCCCAGGUCGAGGCUGUCUACCUGGACGAAUCGGGCGGUAUCUUAUCUGGUAUUCAGUCAUUACCUAGAGACACAGCUGCGCUACCUGAUCCUGGAAGCUCGAGCUCGGACUCUGUAGUACAUACUGUCCUCAUUGACCAGACGACCCUCGACCCGACAGCGGCUAUGGCUAUAGCUGCUCGGGUACACUCCGAGACGGAAGGGAAAGCAUUCAUGCUCGAUGCCCCGGUAUCUGGAGGUAUCGUCGCUGCCUCCGCAGGCUCACUCACUAUCAUGUUCGGCUCCCCCUCAGAAGCUGCGACAGCUCAUGCGGUCCCACUAUUACAGAGGAUGGCCAGAGAUGGCGGGGUCAUUCCAUGCGGGGCCAACGGGACUGGAGUGGGGGUCAAAGUAUGUAACAACCUUAUACUCGCCAUCAACCAGAUCGGACUAGCGGAAGGUCUUUCCUUGGGCCGAUCGCUGGGUAUCGACCCAAAGCUCCUACAUAAUGUCGUCAACAGCUCGUCUGGUCAAUCUUGGUCAUCCCGAGUCAAUACCCCGCUGGCCGAGAUCGAGGGCAGUCCGGGAUCAAGGGGCUUCACCGGUGGCUUUCAAUCUCGCCUGAUGUUGAAAGACGUGGGUCUCGCCCUUCACGCAGCACAUCAGUACGACCUCCCAUCACCGUUAGGCUGGGCUGCGAAGAGCGUAUACGAGUCGGUCUGCGCUGAAGGGGACGGCGAGAUGGCUACCAAGGAUUUCAGUGUGGUACUAGAGUGGUUAAAGAAGAAGCAGGCAGAAGGAGUAGAGAGGGGAUGGAAGGAUGGCGGACCUGGACAAUGA